AUGUGUUUGUCUACGGAGACAGCGGAGCUUCCUAUGCAUGUGGUGACGGAUGAGAUUCUCACGAGAUUGCCUGCUAAAUCUCUGAUGAGAUUCAAGUGCGUUUCAAAGCUCUGGUUAUCGCUCAUCCGCUCACGUUAUUUCUCCAACCGUUUCUCAAAGGUCCCAUCCCCUCGUCUUUACAUGUGUUUAUGGGAUCAAGCCACCAUUGGUGACAAUGAAACAUACACAUUGGCUCCUCUAGACACUAGGCCUUCAACGUCCACCUUUGUUGUUGACGACAAUCUGCCCGACCCAGCGAUUGGAGGUUACAUCUUGCAAAAUCUUGGUGGCUUCAUGAUCUACGUCUAUAGGAGAGAGCCCCAUAUCUAUAACCCUGCCACCGGACAAUUGAUAGGCAUCCCCUUAAGAAGUUCCGACCACAUCGUCGUACCUCCUGGAGGAGAAAAGGUCGUCACCUAUUAUUUCGGAUACGACCCACUUAGCCACAAGUACAAAGCGGUUAUUGGAACAAGGCUGCUCUAA